AUGACCAAUCCAUUUCAUCCUAGAUUUCUCCGUGCGCUCUUCCCGCAACAAUUUUCUGCAGGUCAAACUUCCAAAUCCGCAACUCAAGGCCAUCGCAAUAAACGCGUAAAGUAUAUCCACGAGCCCUCGCACGAAGAAGAAAUCAUCGAAACGUAUGAUGGUGUUGAUGGAGAUGAUGCGGAGGAGAGAGAAGAGGAUGAGAAUCAAUUACGCUUGGAACAUAAAUCGUGUGCGAAAGCGAUGAUGAGGAGGAAGAUGGCGGAACGGGUGACGAUUGAUCCAGAUGGUGAUUUGUUGUUGAUUUUGAAUGAGAGGAAGAAGAGUAAUGUUUCGAAGAGGAAGAUCGGAGGAGCGGGGUCAGGAAUGGAAAUGGUGGCGACGGCAGUGGAUGAUUCGGGGAUUGGGGAUGAGAUUGUCGGGGAUGGAGAGGUAGCUGUUUUGGAGACGGUGGAGGAAGAUGCAGAUGGGAAUGUGAAUGUGAAUGAGAUUGUGGAAAAGGAAAAGGAAAAAAAUAAAAAGGAAUUGAAGGAAAUUCAUAUGUUGGUUUCGUCAAAACAUAUGGUCCUUGUUUCUCCCGUUUUCAAAGCAAUGCUUCAGUGGAGUAAUUUCAAAGAAGGAUAUGCGAUGAAAGCACAUGGGAAAGUCGAAGUUCCCCUCCCCGAUGAUGAUCCAGAUGCCAUGCGUAUCUUGGUUGAUAUCGUUCAUUGUCACCAUAAAGAUGUGCCUCGAAAAGUUAAACUGAGUUUGCUUACGCAUCUGGCGAUUUUGGUGGAUAAAUAUCGUUUGCAUGAAGCGGUGCAGAUAUAUUCCGACAUGUGGAUUUCUCAGGCCAAGAAGAAAUUUCCAUCGAGUAUGGCAGAAGAUGGGAUUGAAGUGUGUCUGCAAUGGCUUUGUAUUUCAUGGGUUUUUGAAAAGGCGAGGGAUUUUACUUCUUUGACGAGGAUUUUUCAACAGGAGAGUACGACGAGUUUGGCAGAGAUGAUUAGGGAUUCAAAUUGGGAUAUUCCGGUGCCGAGUUCUGUUAUUGAAAAUAUCGAACAAGAUCGAAUCCGAGCUCUUGAUGAAGCAAUCUCAGCACUCAGAGACACGAUUGAAAAUUAUCAAACCUCUACUCUCGUAUGUCGUGGUCGUCCUUCACAUUUAUCCGCCGAGCAAAUUCCUCAACAUAAUAAACAAUGCGAUGCGAUGGUUUUGGGAAUGUUGAUCAAAGAAGCGAUUUAUCAUAACCUUUAUCCGCUACCUGAAGCUCCUUAUACGGGUCAUUCUUUCAUUAGUAUUUAUGAUAGCUUUCAGAAUUUUGAAAUCACAAAUGCGUGUGAAGUGGUUAGAAUGUGUGGGGGGAGUGGGGGUGGGGGAAAGAGAGAGAAGGAGGAGUUGGAUAUUCAUGCGUUUGGGAAUGGGUUGAUGGAUCUUUUGGAACCGGUGGAGGAAAGUUUAAGUGGGUUGGAUAUGGGUGGGUUUAAGGUUUCGUUGGGGUUGGUUUAG